GUUGAAAAUUAUUCACAGAGAUAUUAAAGCAAACAACAUUCUACUUGAUGAGAAACUCAAUGCCAAGAUAGCCGACUUUGGCCUAGCUAGAUUAUUUGUUGGAGAUGAAACGCAUGUCGAUACAAAAGCUGCAGGCACAUAAGGUUACAUGGCUCCAGAGUACGCAAUGCAAGGGCAGCUGUCAGUUAAAGCUGACGUUCACAGUUUUGGAGUGCUUCUGCUUGAGAUCAUGAGCGGAAGGAAAAAUAGUGAUGUAAAUAUUCCCAACGAAAUGGAAAGCCUGUUAGAAUGGGCAUGGAGAGUAUACAAAAGAGAAUAUGCUUCGAAUUUUGUGGAUCCAACGGUAGCAGAAACAUGUCCAGAGGAGAAAUCGUUGAGAUAUAUCCAGGUUGGGCUUUUGUGCGUACAAGCGGAUGCGACCCUUCGUCCAGCUAUGUCGAAUGUUAUUGUGAUGAUAUCCAGCAGUUCGGUCACACUACCAGAUCCCAAAAAACCUGCUUUCAUAAACCUGAGCAAAAGCUAUGGCCCAAAAGCAGGAGUGAAGUUAAGCUCGGGAUCAGGGGUCCGGGUGGAGGAUUAUGAAACGGGGGCAUCUGGGACGACGACGUCAUCUGCAUCAGGCGUUGCGUCAGUAAAUGAUGCCUCCAUCACUCAAGUGAACCCUAGGUAGGCAGGUAGGGUUUACAAAUAGAUGGCUCUUUAUUAGCCUUAGAGUAUACCGACCCGUUAAGAGUCUGAGAGAGCAAAAUGUUGAAAUAUCGGUACAAUGGUAAAUUGUCAGUUGAAAUGCUGUUCUGUGACCUUCUCUUUCAAAUUCUGCAGUUCGAACUGCUCAUUAUAUUAUUUUAUUUAAUUUGUAUUUCACAUUGUUCAAUAAUUAAAAAAAAAAAAGUCAUCCUGUUGUAAGCGGUACCGUUUAUUAAUAGAAAUUAAUAU